GCACGAAUCUGAAGGCCCCAUCCGCGGAUAACAACCGCAGAGCCAGCUCCGUCAUUCGCAGACGAUCGGAGAGGAAAUCUGAGCUAGGGUUUAGGCAGCGAGCGAGAGAGGUAGGCAUAGGCGAUGGGUGCAGCGGGCGACGAGACGGCGGCCGCGGCGGCGGGGGGCGCCGCCGCCGAGGGCGAGGCUGCGGUGGACUCGAAGGACCUGCAGCAGCAGAGCAAGGCGCUCGACAAGCUCACCGACCAUGUCGAGGACCGGCAGCUCGACUCCUCCCGAGUCCAAUCCGCCAUGGCAGCUCUUGCUUCAUCCAAAGAGGCAGAUUGGAAUGCCAUGAGACUGAGGGAGAAAGAAUUAGCUGCUGUCAAGAUCAACCCUACUGAUGUUGAAGUUAUUGCUAAUGAGCUUGAGUUAGAUAAGAAGAUUGCAGAGAGAACACUCCGAGAGCACAAAGGUGAUGCUGUAGCUGCAGUCAGGUUCUUGCUUCGCUAAUCGGACACAAGUUUCCAGCAUUCAGACAUUUUCCUUUAGUCCAUACAACGUGAAGCAGCUCUACUUUCCUAUACCUGUUUGAGGAUUUUUUUUUUGGUAUCGCAAUGAAAUUACAUACCUGUCAUUGUUCUAGGACCUCCAUGAGGUUUGCGAACUGGUCUCUGUUGUUCUCCUCGGAAAACCUGUAGGUUUACCCUUGCUUGUCAUUUGAUCCGAAAUGUAACUGUACCUUCAUUUUAUAUGCCUUGUUCUUUCAGAGA